GGGUGAUAGGAACCGGGUCACAUACACUGCUAGCUGCCCAUAGUUACCAUGGUGAGUAUAGGGAUCAGAGAGCCCUGGCUGAGGGUGAUAGGAACCGGGUCACAGACACUGCUAGCUGCCCAUAGUUACCAUGGAGGAAUCUUCUCCUAAUUCUUUACUGGACAUUACCCUGCAUUACCUGAUCUCCCAUCUUGAGAAGUUCUGCUGGGAGAGACAAGAUGGCACUUACCGCUUGCAGGAUGCUGCAGUGUUCCCCCAGGAAGUGGCAGAUCGACUACUCCAGACCAUGGCAACACAAAGGCAGCUAAAUGAGGUGACGGUAGGAAUUUUCCGUGGUAACCAGCUACGCUUGAAACGGGCGUGUAUCCGCAAGGCCAAGAUCUCUGCUGCAGCUUUCCGACGGGCUUUCUGCCACCAUAAGCUUGUUGAGCUGGAUGCUACUGGGGUCAAUGCGGACAUCACCAUUACUGAUAUCAUAAGUGGCCUCAGUAGCAGUAAAUGGAUCAAGGAGAAUCUCCAGUGCCUGAUCCUAAAUUCCCUUACUUUGUCUCUGGAGGACCCUUAUGAGAGGUGCUUCAGUACUUUGUCUGGCCUCCGUGCUCUGAGCAUCACCAAUGUUUUGUUUUAUAAUGAGGAUCUUGCCGAUGUUGCUACCCUUCCAAGGUUGGAAAGCCUUGAUAUCUCGAACACCUCCGUGACCGACAUUACAGCCCUUCUAGGCCUAAAGGAUAGACUGAAAUCGCUUACUAUGCACCACCUGAAAUGUCUAAAGAUGACAACGACACAAGUCUUAGAUGUCCUUAAAGAACUGGAGCACCUUAAUCACCUUGAUAUAUCUGAUGACAAACAGUUCACUUCAGACAUAGCGUGCCGUUUAUUGGAUCAGAAAGAUACUCUGCUCAGAGUGGUUUCAUUGGAUGUCUCUGGAAGAAAGCAUGUAACUGAUAAAGCAGUGGAGGCAUUCCUCAGGCACCGACCUCAUGUACAGUUUGUCGGCUUAUUGGCCACAGAAGCUGGCUAUUCAGAGCUUCUCUCUGGAGAAGGAAGUGUUAAGGUAUCGGGGGAAGCCAAUCAGACACAGAUUGCAGAGGCGCUGCGUCGAUACAGCGAACGCUCCUUCUUUGUUCGAGAAGCUCUUUUCCAUCUCUUUAGUCUGACGCAUGUCAUGGAAAAAGCCAACCCAGAGAUGCUGAAGUUGGUGGUGACUGGAAUGCGAAACCACCCCACCAAUUUGCCAGUACAGCUUGCUGCCAGUGCCUGCGUGUUUAAUCUGACUAAACAGGACCUAGCAGCCGGGAUGCCUGUGAAACUCUUGGCCGAUGUCACUCAUUUACUGUUAGAAGCAAUGAAACAUUUUCCCAACCAUCAACAGUUGCAGAAAAAUUGUCUACUUUCCCUGUGCAGUGACCGAAUCCUACAGGACGUUCCAUUUAACAGGUUUGAUGCUGCAAAGCUAGUCAUGCAGUGGUUAUGUAAUCAUGAAGAUCAGAACAUGCAGCGGAUGGCUGUGGCAAUUAUUUCAAUCCUGGCUGCAAAGCUUUCUACUGAACAGACUGCUCAGCUAGGGACUGAACUUUUCAUUGUUCGGCAACUGCUACAGAUUGUGAGACAGAAAACCAACCAGAGCUUGGUGGACACGACCCUGAAGUUCACGCUGAGUGCCUUGUGGAACCUUACAGACGAAUCGCCAACCACCUGCAGACACUUUAUAGAGAAUCAAGGCCUGGAACUCUUCAUGAAAGUUCUUGAGACGUUUCCUACCGAGUCCUCCAUUCAGCAAAAGGUUCUAGGGCUGUUGAACAACAUUGCAGAGGUGAAAGAGCUGCAUUCUGAACUCAUGUGGAAGGAUUUCAUUGACCAGAUCAGCAAGCUGCUGCAUAGUGUGGAGGUAGAAGUCAGUUACUUUGCAGCUGGAAUUAUUGCACACCUUGUAUCUCGGGGAGAAGAGACAUGGACCCUGGGUUCUGAGCUAAGGAACACAUUACUGGAACAGCUGCAAUCAGCGAUCCUAAGCUGGCCAACACCGGAAUGUGAAAUGGUGGCCUAUAGGUCCUUUAACCCUUUCUUUCCACUCCUCGCGUGCUUUGCCACACCUGGUGUGCAGCUCUGGGCAGUGUGGGCCAUGCAGCAUGUGUGCAGCAAAAACCCUGUGCGGUACUGUAAUAUGCUGAUUGAAGAAGGAGGCCUUGUGAAGUUGCACCUCAUCAGAGACCACAUGUGUGCUGAUAACAACGUUCGGCGGAUCACUGCUGCCAUCCUGGAUAACCUAGAUGUGCAUCUAACACGGCAUGGCAACACACCAUGUCCUAAGCCAUCAUUCGCCAAGUAACUUGCCUCAACUCGUAUAUGUGGAUUGAAGGGUUUUGUGCUUUCUAUUGACAAGACAUUGGAGUGGCUGCAGCUGGUGAAGAAAGCUGAAAUUAAGGAAGGAAUUUUAUGUUCCCGCUUGCCCCACCUGCAGUCAUACACAUGGAUUGGUGAUUGCGCAUGCGAAUGUCUCAUUUUAACAUGAUCUUGUUAUCAAGCUGGCACUGCCAAAUGUUAUACCUUCGCCCCUGUUUUUCAUGCUAGUUUUUCUUCUUCGCCCAUUACAUACCAUUGUUUUCUCUACAGUUUGCUGAUUUAUCUAAGCCCUCUUUUCAUAAGCAGAUAGGCAUACAAAGUACAGUUUAUGAUGCUAUGCCAUAUGACUGAGUAUGCUGCUUCUUCGCAGCUAUUUGAGCUUCUGUACAAAUCAUUCCGUGCUAUUUGCCUCCAGCUUAUGCUUUUGGUUAUUACCUCUAACCUCUCGAGUCAGAUCCUUAUGACACCAUUGGCAUCAGUCAAUGCUUGAAUAUACAUAUAAGCAAUUUGUAGUGUCUGAGACAUAAAUGCACUUGCCAGAACUUCAUACUAAUAAAGGGACACUUAUUUUUAUUUUUUUUUUAAAAGGGGGGGGUUAAGCAAUCUACAAAAAUACAAACUGUAGUUCUGUAUUUAGAUCAGUACAGCCUUGAAAAGGCAUCUUCUUCUGUAGAUGUCCCUCUUGACCGAAAAAAACAUGGCAAACUUGUACGUAUAUAGUCUGAAUCGUUAGAUCAUAGUGGUUCUGGAUGUUAAAUGCAUUUUAAAGUCUCAGCAUUUUUGGUUUUAUCAUGACAACAUUUCUAUGUGACAGUCUAUGUUCCUUAACAGAUUAUCCUGCCGUGCCUUCCUGUUAAUACUCGCUACUGUUCCGAGACUUUACUGAACUACAAUACUGAUGGCUAAUCAUAAUUUGCAGCAGAUGUAAUUUAACUAUAUUUCCCAAUAAAUGAUGGCCAUGCCUUCAUGGAAACAUGGCUUAGAAAAUCUGCAAUGCUAAUGUAAGCCAUUACUGCACUCAGAACCUGCUCCCAGUUAAAAUGUUAAUUUACAUUUCGCUUCCCAUAUUAAUCAGUGUAUAAGACAAACCCAUGUCCAGCCACCAGUCUUCCUGCCAACUGGCUUAUUAUGUGCCUAGUUCAGUGGCAGUCAGAAGGAGGAUUCCCAGCUCCAAUUGUGUUUUUCCAGUCAUCUCUGGUCUAUUUAAACCUAAUGUCCUAACUAGAAAACCAUUCUUUAAGUUUCCAAAGGCAUCAAAUAAUAAGCCAAUUUGAAAAAUAGGUCCUGAUGCAUUACAGCAGGUUGUGGAGUAUUUGGGACGAGAGAGAGAAUUGUUUUAUGCAAAAUUAAUUUUAACUGAGGAAAGGUCUCCUGGUUAGUGCAGCAGAUAAUGAGGUGAUGGAUUUGUUAGCUUAUAUUUUCAGCUAGGCCCCUAAAGGGUUCUAAGGCAGGUAAGUGUACAGAAUGUGCUGAAAUAUGUGAAAAUGAUUUAUCCUAUCUUAGACAAUCUUUCUUGUUGCUGUAUUUGCAUUUAAUUGUAAAACUGUGUUCUAGAAAAAUAUAUAGACCCUGUAUUUAUAAUUUUUAAGAUUGCAGCUGUUAAUCCUUCAUUUGACCCAUUGUUGUUCUGGGUAGACUUGUAAUCUACACCACUCAUCUGAUGUGUGAGAUGGCUUCUAAAACCUCCUUACCACCAAUCUUUUCAAAUGAUGUUAUGGCAGUGAUUACAAUGCUAUGCAAAAUUGCUUGGAGAGGUAAAAAACAAAGAUAUUAAUAAUGUCAAAGAAAUUUACUUUUAUAUUACAGGAAUAAUACAUUUAAAUGCUUAUUUGCAAAUGUGGGAACUGUGGUCAAGUAAUGACCAAAUUGAAAAAUCAAAGCCAGAAUACAGAGCUGGGGAUGUUCACUUGUGUCAUUUUUCCAGCACUAAUUAUUUUAGCCUAUAUUUUUCAAUUCCGUCAUGAAUUCCCAUUGAAAGAUGCAGUUUUUAUGUUAAAUUCCACCAAAGUUAAAUUUUAACUCCAUUAUAUGUUGUGUAUUUAUAUAUAUGUGUGUACUUUUUAUUACACAACCCAUGCACUUUAAUAAAAAAAAUAAAAAAUUGUAAUAGGUAAAAUAAUUUAAAAUCUAUAUAUAAAAGCCAUGAGAAACUUGUUCAAUGUGUUACAGAAAAUCAUAUGGAAGUGAUAGAAGCAUAUGUUGCUGGAAAACAAUUUGAAAGUAAGUCAGCAGCUGGUUACCACGGUGACUGCUACACGUUUAGCACAUUACCCCCUCCCCAUUUUAUCUAUACUUCUCUAACUGCCCCAAUGUAUUAUAAUUCCUUGUAUGCUUUCCACAAAACAUCUGCCCAGUGUAUAAGAGAAGUAAUGGAACGGACAAUGAUUGCUAGUAUGUUUCCAUUGGCCACUAAUAUUCAAAGCUGUAAUACAUGUAUUGGGAGAAAAUGCCACAAAUUAAUUUCUCUGUGUCUAAUCUGGGUUAGUGAACAAACGGAUGAAUAUGUCUGCUCUUUAAAUGACUACAACUUCAGUACGUGGAACUGAAAUGGAAUAAACCACUAAUAUCCCAAAUGGUGAUAUGUCAUUUUAUAUGAAGUGUUCCAGCAGCUGAUGUCCCCUCGAUUCUUCUUUGGAGCACAUUGCUGUGUUUGUGUUUCAGCGGACGUCCGCUCGAUUGAUCUUUGGAGCACAUUGCCGUGUUCGUGUUUCGGCGGACGUCCGCU